AUGGUCAGACCAGAAGGCCACAUUAUGAUCCAGCACCAGCUGAGACAGCUCCUGCCAGAGAGGGAGGUAGAUCCUUCUUCUGUCUUUGCCCUGCUCUGCAGCUCAGCAGCAGCCGUGGUGGUCUGGAAAUGGCUGGGCAAAAGGCAGAUCCAGAAGAAAAUAGAAGAGGCUCAGAGGACCCGGGAUGAGGGUGUGAAGAAAAUGGCAAAGGCUGUCCAGCAGUUCAGGGAGCAGGUCCCCAGUGUCCAGACAGAUACUAUCCUGUCCUUGCCCCUGCUGGAACUUGCUGGGAGACUGCAAGAAGGGUCUCUGUCCCCCAAGACUGUCCUCUACACCUACAUAGAGAAGGCCCUGGAAGUGACCCAGCAGACAAACUGCUUGCGACAUUUUAUCCCAGAGUGUGAGGAGCAGCUCCAGGAAAUACAACAGCAGAGGGAGAAAGGGCUGCUCUACGGCAUCCCCGUCAGCAUCAAGGAUCACAUUGGCCACAAGGGGCAUCUGUCAACCUGUGGACUUGUGCAGUGCCUGGGCACUCUGGUGCAGGAGGACAGCGUCCUAGUAAAAGUUUUGAAGAGGCAGGGGGCCAUCCCAUUUGCAAUGACCAACGUGCCACAAUCCCUCUUCAACUAUGACUGCAGCAAUCCUAUCUUUGGCCAGACCUUGAACCCCUUCAACCACCAGAAGAGUCCCGGGGGCUCCUCGGGAGGGGAGGGAGCUCUGAUCGCAGGAGGAGGCUCCAUCCUGGGCAUCGGGUCGGACAUUGGUGGCAGCAUCCGCCUGCCAUCCAGCUUCUGCGGGCUGUGCGGGCUCAAACCCACGGCUGAAAGGCUCAGCCUGUCAGGAGCAAGUGGCCCACUCAGUGGGAUCUUGGCAGUUCCUCUUGCCCUGGGGCCGAUGGCAAGGGAUGUGGACAGUCUGGCUCUAUGCAUGAAGGCACUCCUCUGCCAGGAGAUGUUCCAGCUGGACCCCACCGUGCCCCCCAUCCCCUUUGAUGAGAAGGUGUACUCCAGCUCUGCUCCACUGCGGGUCGGGUACUACGACACAGACGGCUACUUCCCACUGCCCCCUUGCAUGCGGCGGGCGGUGGGGGAAACCCGGGGGGCUCUGCAGGCAGCGGGGCACCAGCUGGUGCCCUUUUCUCCACCUCGGAUCCACUAUGUCAUGACUGAACUGUUUUUGAAGACAUUUUUUGCUGAUGGAGGCCGUUCUUGGUUGGACAUGUUCACAGGAGAUAUUGUAGAUCCAAACUUGAAAUCACAGGUGAACUGCUGCAGGAUCCCGAGGCUGGGGAAGAAGCUGCUGGCUUUGAUUCUUAAACCUCUGUUUCCCCGCCUGGCUGACUAUCUGAGCGCCUUGGGUGGAAUGAGGUCGGUGAAGGAGAUGUGGAAUCAUCACCAUCAAAUAGAGGCAUACCGCACCGAGUUCAUCGCCCGGUGGAGAGAACUCCAGCUUGAUGUUGUGCUGUGCCCUGUCCUGGGGCCUGCCUUCACCACGGGAUACCCCGGGAAACUCCUCACUGCCAUCUCCUCCACGAUGCUGUACAAUGUCUUGAACUUCCCCGCUGGGGUUGUACCCAUCAGCACGGUGACAGAAGCUGAUGAGGAAGAGCUAAAGCUUUACCGAGGAUGCUGUGAUGACCCCUGGGACCGGACACUGAAACAGGCUGUGGCAGGAGCCGUGGGGCUGCCCGUGGCUGUGCAGUGCGUGGCCUUGCCGUGGCGGGAGGAGCUGUGCCUCCGGUUCAUGAAGGAGGUGGAGACCCUCAGCCAUGAGAAGAGAGCGGCAUAGCCUCCACCCUCCCAACGCCUGCAGGGCCAGAGGUGAGGUGAACGGGACAGCACCGCACAACCUCUCUUUUGCCACUGGCAGUGCAGAGAAUACAGCGAGGAGGGAAUGAGGAAGGAAAAGCCACUUCUUGCUUGUCAAUAAGCACAGAUCCUGUAAGGAACCAAGAUGCCAUGCAGAGGGCAGGACUGGCUUAAGGUGGGUUCAAACGAUGAUAGAUCUAUGAACUGUACCUUCCUAGAAGGAUGGACAUGGAUGUGUGUUCACCCUCACUUUCACCUAUGCUGCCUCUUGCCAAAGCAGGGUGA